GCAUUGCACAUAUUUAAUCACUGCAGUGACCACAGCAGCACACAGGACCUGUUCCAGUGCAGGGAGUGUUUCUGUUGUGGGCUACAGGGAGCACUUCAACCAGGCUCAGCAUUUCCUGUGCUGUCAGGGGACACAUUCAGAGCUCAACUCUGACACCAGAAGUCUCCUCCAGGACCUGACAUUCCACAAUCAGCCAGCAUGGAUCAGUUCCUAAAUGACUUCCUGGUAGGAAAGAAUUUUCAGCAGUUGGCCACCAACUUUGUCCCUCACUAUACCACAUUAAUCAGUAAGGUAGGGGGAAUCCUCUCUCAAGAAAAUCUUGGUAGAAUUCAAGCAACCCUUAAAGAGGCCAAGCUAAAAGAUGUGGCUGACAUAAUUGAGGAAUCACUUGUGGCAGCAGAGAAUGCUCCACUGGAUGUGGCUGUGAUUGGGGAAUCUGGCACUGGGAAGUCCAGUUUCAUCAAUGCCCUGCGAGGACUUAGUUAUGAAGAGGAGGGUUCUGCAAGUGUUGGCGUUGUGGAGACUACCAAGAAGAGAACACCCUAUCAACAUCCCAAAUAUCCCAACGUGACCUUCUGGGACCUGCCUGGAACGGGAACCCCCAAUUUCCAACCACAUGAAUAUCUAGAAAGGGUGGAAUUUGCUACCUAUGACUUCUUUAUCAUUAUUUCUUCCUCUCGCUUUAGCCUCAAUGAUGCUUCGCUGGUCAAAAGUAUCAAAGAGAUAGGCAAGAAGUUCUACUUUGUUAGAACCAAGGUGGACAAUGAUUUAUAUAAUGAAGAGAAACGCAAACCCACUUCUUACAAAAGGGAGAGAGUGCUUCAGAAGAUACGAGACAACUGCCUGGCUAACCUCAGCCACAUUGGAGUGCCUGAGCCAUGCAUAUUCUUGGUCUCCAACUUUGAUCUGGAUGACUUUGAUUUCCCAACACUGGAAGAGACCCUGCUGAAGGAGUUCCCUGUUCAUAAGUGCUACACCUUUGCACUUCUGUUGCCCAAUUUGUCCGAAGCUUCCAUUGAGAUGAAGAGAGCUUUGCUCAAGGAGAAGAUCUGGCUGGAAGCCCUGAAAUCUUCUGCUUUGAGCUUCAUCCCCUUCAUGGCCUUCUUUAACUGCUUUGAUUUUCCCCAGCAGGAAAAGUGCUUGAAACAUUACCAGAGUCAUUUUGGUUUGGAUGAGAAGUCACUCAAAGGGACUGCGGAGAAGCUGAACAUGUCUUUGGAGGAUAUCAAGAGUUUCACCAAAUCCUUGAAUGUCCAGUUCCUUGUGCAGGAUGACAACAUAGGAGAGAAGGCCAUGAAAUGUGCUGAAUGUUAUUGCUCAGUAAAUGGAGGCCUGCCAUCCACCAUCUUCCAGUUUUUUAAAAUCUACUUUCUACAUUUGAAAUUCAUCAAUACAGUGGCUGAUGAUGCUAAAAUUCUCUUGAAUAAGACUUUAGAGAGCUUAAGCCUCAGAAGAUGACACAGAGAUGGCUCAGAAUGCCAAUCAGCCAGCAUGGAUCAGUUCCUACAUGACUUCCUGGUAGGAAACAAACAAACAAAAAAUGGGCCUCAGGCUUUGUGUUCUGUAGGUGGGGUCCUCUUCCACCCACCAACAAGGCCAGAUCUUUCCUAAAGUGAAGAGAAUGUCUCUCCAUUGGACAAAAGCAUUGCUCCAUACUGAUACUCUGCUGCCAUGAAAAGGGAAUUUAACCAUGACCUCUUUCUUCAUUCUUUUGGCUAUUUUGCUGAAAUCAUGAUAUAAAGUACAUUGCAUGGUUUUCAUUAAUUUCCAUGUGUUAUGAAGUAGUUUACAUUUGCUCCAUUUACUCAGAUAAUAAACAUGUGGUAACAAUCAA